AUGGACCUGACCGCGGACGAGACGCUCCUCGGCAGCUUCCUCCUCCCCGUGCUGCACGACGGCAGCGACGCGCGCAUGACGACCGACAACGUCCUCGACGACGCGGCGACGCCGGACCUGGCCUACUUCCACGACGAGGCCCGCGCGCUCCACGCCGACUUCGAGGCCUACCGCGUGCGGUACCACGCCAUGUGCAGAGUCCUCUUCCCCGACGACGACGACGAUGAGGAUGAGGAUGACGACGGGCGACCGGCGCCGGGCGAUGGCAUGAACCUCCUCUGA